AUGGCUACCGCAGCCCCCGUCCCCACCACCCCCGCGCUCCGCAAUGAGUUCCCCGCUCCGAGCCAUCCCGACCGACUGCAAGUCAAUCGCAGCGACAAAGCCUUCUGCAGCGGGGCCUAUUCUCUCAUCGACCUUCCCGCCGGUGCACUAUUUGCUAAAAUCACCACUGCCACUCCAGGCAAGAAAGCCUAUACCAGCGUGCAGACGGGACCAGACACCCAUAUCGAGCUGAACUCGGACCUGGUCUACUGCAAUCAUUCUUGUGCGCCGUCAUUGGUUUUUGAUAUGUCUCGGAUGGAGGUACGGGUGGUGGAUGAUCGGCCUUUGAAAGCCGGCGAUGCCUUGACAUUUUUCUACCCGAGUACGGAGUGGGAUAUGGAUCAGCCUUUUCAAUGUAAUUGCGGUGCGAGUGUAUGUCGGGGAAUGAUUACUGGGGCCAAGGCUAUGUCUGCCGACGUAUUAGGAGAAUACUGGUUGAACCCGCAUAUUGAGGCUUUGUUACAGGGACAGUAA